ACUAUAUAUACAUAUCUCUAUGUGUAUACUUGCACUUCAUUUGUAUAUUGUAUAAGACGACGUCGGUGUAAUUUGCAGGGACAGCUUAAAUUAUAUUUGUAAGCAGAACAAUCAUAGUUGUCGUUUAAUCCAAAUUAAGUUAACACGUCACGAUGGGCAAGGAUUCAUUCAAGGAAGUCAACUCUUUCGAGAAGCGCAAGAUGGAAGCGCAGAAAAUCCGCUGCAAGUAUCCGGAUCGUGUACCUGUAAUUGUUGAGCGUGCUGGCAAGUCAGAUAUAGAGGAAAUCGAUAAGAAGAAGUUCUUGGUUCCCAUGGACCUGACAGUUGGCCAGUUCGUGUACGUAAUCAGGAAGAGGAUCAAGCUUUCUCCUGAAAAGGCCAUCUUCAUCUUUGUCAAUAACGUGCUGCCGCCUACGAGUUCAGCGCUGGCGACGAUCUACGAAGAGCACAAGGACGAGGAUGGGUUCUUAUAUGUAACGUACAGUGGUGAGAAUACCUUUGGCUUUGAGCUCUAAAAUUCUGACUGCAGUUAAACAUACCACUCACGCCUACAAGUCUUGAGGGUGUGUAGUCAUAGUACGUCAAACUGGCUGGAGAGAGUCUCUCAGCCGUCAACCAAGCCACACAUUUACAUAUCCUUCCCAUCAUCCACAUACAUACAUAUAUAAUCUUCGUGUUGGUUGUUGCUAACAAUGCAUGUGUAUAACGCACGGGUUUGCUGCCCUGGAAAACCACGUUUAUGCUCUGGCCUGGAGGUUGACCUGGUUGGUGUUGUCCGCAGUUUUCCAGGGUGAUAUUUGUCAAGCAUAGACGAAAGCUUUGUCGGACAUGCCGAAUGGGGAAGCUACAUCUUAGCUUCAUACGAGUCGUACGGAGUACUUUUAUACGCUUGCUUGGGGAAGAGAGCUGAGAGCGUUGCUAGUAGCUGUUAGGUCCAUCAUCAGCUGAGGUGCAGUAUGAGCUAUACAUGGACAUGUAUAGGAUAUUAAAUGGGACAUUAUCUGUGUGGUUCCUAUGACUUGACCCCGUGCUAGUGCGCAGCGAUCAUCGCGCAGAUCAGUGGAUAUCAAAUCACAAAAUUAAAAUUCUGAUGAUUAUCUCAGCGUGAGGUCACC